GUCCCGGUGCUGCUGUGGGCGAAGCUGUGUCUGUUCCGUGGGCUCCGGCCGUCGCUGUCGUAUCGGGAUCUUGACCGUGAUGGGGACAAAGGCGAAAGUCGGGAGGAAACAAUUGCUUCUCUUCACAUCAGUGAUCUUGUGCUUCCUGACGUUGGGCAGGGGUGCAGUGUACACUUCUGAAUCAGAAGUCAGAGUUGCUGAGAACAAACCUGCCAAGCUGUCCUGCUCCUACUCCGGGUUCUCCUCUCCCCGUGUGGAGUGGAAAUUUACCCAUGGCGACAUCACCAGCCUCGUUUGCUAUAACAACAAGAUCACAGCUUCCUAUGAGAACCGAGUUACCUUCUCGGCUAGUGGCAUCACCUUCCAUUCUGUGACCAGGAAAGACACAGGAACGUAUACUUGUAUGGUCUCUGACGAAGGCGGCAACACCUACGGGGAAGUCACUGUUAACCUCAUUGUGCUUGUGCCUCCAUCGAAGCCUACAAUCAGUGUUCCCUCCUCUGCUACCAUCGGGAACCGGGCUGUGCUGACCUGCUCAGAGAAAGAUGGUUCCCCACCCUCUGAAUACUUCUGGUUCAGGGAUGGGGUAUUGAUGCCUACAGAGCCCAAGAGCAACCGUGCCUUCAUCAACUCUUCCUAUAGCCUGAAUCCGAAGACAGGGGAGCUGAUCUUUGAUCCUGUGUCAGCCUCUGAUGCUGGAGAUUACACUUGUGAGGCACAGAAUGGGUAUGGGUCACCCAUGAGAUCAGAUACUGUGCACAUGGAAGCUGCGGAACUGAAUGUGGGCGGCAUCGUGGCAGCUGUCCUUGUCACACUCAUUCUCCUUGGAGUGUUGAUUUUUGGCAUCUGGUUCGCCUACAGCCGCGGCUACUUUGACAGAGCAAAGAAAGGGACUUCCAGUAAGAAGGUGAUUUACAGCCAACCCACUGCUCGAAGUGAAGGGGAAUUCAGACAGACCUCAUCCUUCUUGGUGUGACCCUGGUCCAUGCAUCGCCUGUCUCCUCUGUGCUUGCCUUACUCAGGUGCUACCAGACUCUGGCCCCUGAUGUCUGUAGUUUCACAGGAUGCCUUAUUUGUGUUCAAGCCCCCACAAGGCCCCCCACUUUUAUCUUAGAAUGUUGUUUUUAAUAAUGUCAGCCCUGUGCCCCUUCCUCCCUCCCUUCCCUGCCCACCACUGCUGAGUGGCCUAGGGCUUGUUUAAAGCUUUCUUUUCCCAUCCCUGUGAGGGAUCACACAGAUGUCCUGAGUGAUGCCUGAAGACUUCCCUUCCAACUAGACCGCAAGAGUGGCGGGGCUCCCUCCCCCUGCAUGUAGCAGUCCUCAGACAGAGCUCUGGAUCCUGGUUCCUUGACUUUUUCUUCUUGUUGAGACAAAAGGUACCGGUACCUUUGAGGACUGGUACUGGCUGUUCUGGAGUGGGGACUGGAGACCGGAGCAGCUGCAGUGGUUGUUGGGUGAUGACAUCAAGUCUCUUCAACCUCUGCGGCCCACUCUCCUCUGUCUUCCCAAGGAAGUGCCACUGGGAUCCUCCUGCUCCGUCCUCUUCCUAAACACAUGCUGACUGACAGCAACCACACAUCUGUAGGGAAAACAAGAGCCUUUGUUGUGGAGAACAUAGUAAGCUUUCAGGGGACCGAGAGCAGAAGAAUUACAGAAGAGAAAGCUGGAACUGGUAGCUCAAGCCAUCACCCUUCCCUUGGCUGGAACAACUGGACUGACCCUUUUAAGAUGUGUUUGCAGGGUGGUGGGAACAUGGACAGUUGUCAGCUUUGCAGAGCGCGCGUGCGUGCGUGCAUGCAUGUGUGUGUGUGUGUGCGCGCGCUUGCGCGAGAGUGUGUGGUCUCUAUGCUGAAGUCAAGUGUGUGUUUUGGAGGACUACUUAUCUCUUUGGUGAGACUAGUUUUAUUGUGGGGACGGGAGAAAUGAGGUUCCUGUGCUCCUUAUUAGUACAAACAGGAAAAUCCCCAAAGCCCUGCUCUCCAGCAACCUGGGCUGGUCCCUGGCUCCCUGUGCCACUUCUCCUGGUUCCUGUCUUACACUGGAGCUUCUGGACAUUGGACCCUCAUUCCAGAGUCCUCUUGUCACAGGAGGAGGGCACCCUGGGCAAAGCUGGUGCUGUGCUCCCAGUUAUACUGGGUCUGAUCCUCUCGGGGAGAGGAAGAGCGCCCACCCUCCCACCUCGGCCAGCCCUCCCACCUGGGCCAACCAGAUGCACAAGGAGGCUUCCCCCAGGCUGCAGGGAAAGCUGCUCCAGAGCCUGCGGCAGGAUGUCUCCCAUCACUUGGAGAAUCACUUCUUUAGUAGUAAAGUAGUGCUCCUGCUUUAUUUGGUGGGGUAGGUGUGCGUGAGAGCAGCAAUGAGCAAGGACGACCUGCCUGUCACUACGUCCCUCUCGCUACACAGACCCCUCUUUGCCCUCACAUCUGUUUCUCCCUCUCCCCAGCACCCCUAGCCUAUUUAUUAACUGGCAAGAGGGCAAAUAAGGGGUCUUCUAGGGUUGACUUUGCUUAUGUCAGUGGAGGAUACCAAGCGCCACUUUGCCAUCAUCUGCUCCCUUAUCUGGAAAUUCCUCGCAGAACUGAGCUUUCUUUGCAUCAAGGAUCCAGAAAGAAAAACAAAAACCAAAUCAAACCAUCACACACCAAUAAAAAGUAAACUUUCCAGAUGGAGGUAAUAUCUAAUUAGGCAAUAAAAGUAGAGACUGUGACACGGUUCAGUAAGAAUGAGAUUUUUGAAGUAUGUUUCAGUUUUGUAUGGUGGCUGGGAGACGGGGUGGGAGGGAUGUGAAAGAAAGAGCACAGGGAAGCAGAGGUGAAUCAUUGCUCCUGUAUGUCUGAGGCGAAUGGUCCCUCCCUCCCUAGGUCACUGUGAGGAGUAUGAGUCAGUUGUUACCAGCCUUGGAAUUUACCUCCCCAGCUUGCAACAGCCCCUAUGAGUUGAAAAACACCUUGUCUGCUUUCAUUUUAGAAUGUUAAAACUAAUUUUUUGUAAUAAAUGUUUAUUUUUCACAUUGA